AAAAAAAAAAACCAGCAGUUAUCCACUGUAGCAUAUCAUUCGUAAUUUCAGUUGAACUCUAGCUAUGGACCCCACAAUAUCUGUUUCCAAGGGCUGUUUUGUCUACAAAAAUGGAGCUACGCGUGCCGGCAAGAAGGCUUCCAGCAAGCGAAAGAGGGCCACUGGAGCCACGAGCAGCCUGCUCGGAAAGGAGGUAAUCGGGCAGCCCUUCUACGAUGCCUACGUCCAGACUUGGAGUCAAAUGAAUGAGCACAUUAAUCGCUUACAGCAGCAGAGCUAUGCCCGCACACUCGGGCAAUUGGUGGAGUUCGUGGUAGGCCAGGGGCAGAUCCAGGAUGAAAUUCUGCCCACAGCAGCCCUCCUCACAGGCAUCAAUCAGCCGGAUCAUCUCAGUCAGUUUGACACUUUUACCCAGCGCCUGCAUGCCCAGAAGGCUGCGCGUGUCUGUGUGCUGCAGUCCCGGGAUUGCCCCACUCUAAAGGCAGCCAUCGAGGCCAUGGUCUUCAGCCUGAUCGAAGGCGAACAGGACCCAGAAGACGAGGAGGAGGAUGUAACCGAUCGGGAUCGAAAGCGACUGCGACGCUCUCACUGCACGAUAAAGCAGCUUAACUCCUGGUACACCAAUAACUUCCAAGCGGAGGAGGAGAGGAAACGCCAACUGGUUGUCAUACUACCCGACUUUGAGUGCUUCAGUGGCAACGUCCUGCAGGACUUCAUACUCAUACUCAGCGCCCACUGCGGCACACUUCCGUUUGUUCUUGUCCUUGGCGUGGCCACAGCGAUGUCGGCGGUGCACAGCACCCUACCCUACCACGUCAGCAGCAAGAUCAGGCUGCGCGUCUUCCAAACACAGCCAGCACCCACCGGCCUGAACGAGUUGCUGGACAAGGUCUUGCUCUCGCCUAUGUACUCGUUUCACCUGUCCGGCAAGGCCUUCAAGUUCCUCACGCACAUCUUUCUUUACUACGACUUCUCCAUUCAUGGGUUCAUUCAGGGCUUCAAGUACUGCCUGAUGGAGCACUACUUUGCUGGUAAUGCCUAUGCCCUCUGCACGGACUACAGCAAGGCACUAAAUCGCAUUAAGCUGUUGACGCACGACGAUAUGGAGACCAUACGACGUCUGCCCUCGUUCCGGCCAUACGUGGAGCAGAUCAACGACUGCAAGCGAAUCAUCGCCGUCCUCACCGACGAUGACUACCUAAAGAAGAAGCUGCCGCAGCUGCUGCGUGACUGUCUGCUCCACUUUCUGCUGUUUCGAGGCACGUUGGAGUUCUUCACAGAGCUGGUGGGAGAUCUGCCGCGCUGUCCUCUGGGCAAGCUGCUGCGCGAGCUCUACGUCAACUGUCUAAACAGACCGAUCACCGCGUCCCCGGAGUACAAGGAAUGCUGGCAAAUGCUGAGCUUUCUGUCCAAGGAGGAGUUUGUGGCCAAGGUCAACAAAAGUCUAGCCCGAACGGAGCACUUUUUGGUGGAGGAAAUCGCUCCCCUCGAGCUGGGAGAGGGAUGUAUAUCCGUUCUGCGGCCCCAGCUUCAAAGUGUCCGACAGCUGCUCGACGACGUGGUCAUGGGCACCCUCGAGAUGAUGCCAGCCAUGUCCACCGAUGAGAGCAGGCCUGCACCUAGUUUAACGCAAGUCGCAUCGCGGCAAGAGCUCAAGGCACAGCUCCUGCAGCGCAGUCAGGAAGAGAGACACCAACAGGUUCCCACCACGGAGUUUGCCCGAUCCGUGCAGAAGGUGCUCGAGCACAUAGAAACGCAUCUGGUGCGCGGACAUUUGCGGGCGCUCUCAGAGGCUCCACCGCUCCACGAGCUGUUCGUGUUCAGCGACAUCUCCACGGUGCGCCGUAACAUAAUUGGUGCCCCACGGGCGGCCCUGCACACGGCCCUCAACAAUCCACACUUCUACAUGCAGUGCAAGUGCUGCGAGCUACGCGAGCAAACGCAGCUCAUGGGCACCCUGCCCGAUCUCUCGGUGGUGUACAAACUGCACCUGGAGUGCGGCCGCAUGAUCAACCUGUUCGACUGGCUGCAGGCCUUCCGCUCGGUGCUGCAUGCCAGCGAGGAUCCGGACGGAGAGGUGGCCCAAGAGCAGAUCGAUCCGCAGAUACAGGCACGCUUCACGCGCGCUGUGGCCGAGCUUCAGUUUUUGGGUUACAUUAAAAUGUCCAAGCGCAAGACGGAUCAUGCCACUCGCCUCACCUGGUAGAUGCAACAGCAUUGUGGGUUUUCUAUCUCUUUUAUUUAUAAAUUGCUCGCGUGUUACGGAAUAAAUACAUAUUUUUCUAUGGGCAUGCAAGAAAUGUCUUUGAGAAGCAAGCGA